UAGCGUCCAGUCUGCAGCCGAGCACGGAGCGGGUCCCGAGUCCCGGACAGACUUUGCCUCCCGGAAAAGUAUGCGCUGGGCCUCAUAACGUUGGGUGGACGGGGCUCAAACGGAGACCCUCCACCAUCACCGUCCCCACAAAGCACGGUCCUGGGCCCAUGUCUACGAUGUCCACUCUCGGCGACGUUGAUGUCCACAGCUUCAGCCCAGAGCUGCCAGCCAUGUUUGACGGUAUGAAGCUGGCUGCUGUGACAGCUCUCCUCUACAUUGUGGUUCGCUGUCUCAACCUGAAGAGUUCCACCGCCCCACCGCAGAUCACAUACCAGGACACACCCGUCAACCACUACCUGAUCAAGUCCUGUCCCCUGCUAACCAAGGAGUAUGUUCCUCCCCUGCUGUGGGGGAAGAGCGGUCACCUGCAGACGGCUCUGUACGGGAAGAUGGGCCGUGUCAGCACCCCAACGCCCUGCGGGAUCCGCAAGUUCCUCCCUAUGCAGGAUGGGGCCACAGCGACCUUUGACCUCUUUGAAUCCCUUGGGGACCACAGCACAGGGGAUGACAUCACCAUGGUAAUCUGCCCGGGGAUUGGUAACCAUAGUGAGAAGCACUACAUCCGGACCUUUGUGGACCAUUCCCAGAGGCAGGGCUACAGGUGUGCUGUGCUCAAUCACCUGGGAGCCCUGCCCAACAUAGAGCUUACCUCGCCACGCAUGUUCACCUAUGGUUGUACUUGGGAGUUUGCAGCCAUGGUGGGCUACAUCAAGCGGGCCUUCCCCCAGACCCUGCUGGUGGUGGUGGGCUUCAGUCUUGGUGGCAACAUAGUGUGUAAGUUCCUGGGUGAGAAUCGAUCCAACCAGGACAGAGUGCUCUGCUGUGUCAGUGUCUGCCAAGGCUACAGCGUACUCAGGGCCCAGGAGACUUUCCUCCAGUGGGACCAGUGUCGGAGGCUCUACAAUUUCUUGAUGGCAGAAAACAUGAAGAGGAUCAUCCUGUCACACAGGAGCAGUUUACUUAGUAUGAACACCGGUAAGAUGGAGGCUGCAGACCUGAGCAGACUGCACACAUCCACAUCUCUCAUGCAGAUCGACGACAACAUUAUGAGAAAGUUCCAUGGCUACGACUCGCUGAAGGAGUACUAUGAGAAGGAGAGCUGUGUGCAUUACAUCCACAACAUCACCGUGCCUUUAUUCUUGGUUAAUUCCUCAGAUGACCCACUGGUUCACCAGUCACUACUGGCAAUCCCACGCACACUAGCAGAGAAGAAACCCAAUGUGAUAUUUGCCCUCACCCAGCAUGGGGGUCAUCUGGGCUUCUUUGAGGGUGAUGUGCUAUUCCCUCAGCCUCUCACCUGGAUGGACAAAGUCGUCGUGGGCUACGCCGACGCCAUCUGCCACUGGAAGAAGAACAGGCCGCCCUGCCAGCGGAGCCACCUCUCAGACUCCUGCUCCCUCCCUCAGGGUACAGGGCACACAUAG